AUGGAUGUUAAAUUUGUACCAGAAACUGGAAGGUGGCAUAUCUUUUAUUUCUCUGACAAACACAACAAUGAUCUAUUGGAUACACAAUUCAGUGCUAUGUUGCCUGCCCACAGAAAAAUGUCAGAGGCAGAUAUUAUGCAAAUGAUGAACAUGCUAAAGUCAGGGAUUAGCACUUCACAGAUAUUUGGUCUUCUAGCUAGUCAAGCAGGCGGGUAUGAAUUUGUUGGCUAUGGUCCCAGAGAUAUGUACAAUGAGAUUGCUCAGCAAAGGCGUCAAAUUCCUGGUGAUGCAGCACGAGUGUUGAAGAAGUUGGAGGCUAUGCGGUUGAAGGAUCCACAAUUAUAUUUCAAGGCAUGUCAUGAUUCAAGAGGUUUGUUACGUAACUUGUUCUGGUCUGAUGGGAUUAGCCAACUAGACUACCGACUCUUCGGGGAUGUUAUUGCUUUUGAUGCUACGUAUAAGAAGAACAAGUAUAGUUGUCCAUUAGUCAUAUUCAGCGGGGUUAACCACCACAACCAAACAAUUAUUUUUGCUGCUGCGUUAGUUGUGGACGAAACUACUGAUACAUAUAUUUGGCUCCUGCGUCAGCUCAUGUUUGCAAUGAAGGACAAGACCCCGACCUCAAUAAUAACUGAUAGGGCCAUGGCGAUUAGGAAUGCAGUCAGAGUUGUAUUUCCCGAAGUCAGACAUAGAUUAUGCGCUUGGCACCUUAUUCGAAAUGCAACUAGCAAUGUUGGAAGUCCAUCGUUUACAUCUAUAUUCCAAAAAAUUAUGUUGGGAGACUACGAGAUUUCCGUGUUUAAGCGUAAGUGGGUUCAGCUUAUUGAAGAAUUUGGCCUUGAGGAUAAGCCAUGGGUGAUCAACACGUACGAAGAGAAGCAUAUGUGGGCUACUGCAUAUAUAAGAGGAAAAUUCUUUGCUGGCUUUAGAACUACCUCAAGAUGUGAAGGUUUACACUCAGUUGUUGCAAGGUAUGUGGGGUCGCGGCAUGAUUUGACAAGUUUCGUAGAGCAUUUUCAAAGGUGUGUUGCACACUUGCGCUUUAAAGAAUUUAAUGCUGAUUAUGAAUCUACACGUGGGGUGCCCGUUAUGCAGACUUGUAUAGAGCUGCUAGAGAGAUAUGGUGCUGAGUUAUACACUCAUGAGAUAUUUCGUUUCUUUCGGCCAUUUUUUUCUAGAGCUGGAUCAAUGCGGGUGCUAAACAUAGAGAAUAACGAUGAUUGCAUAAAGUACAUUAUGUGUAAGCAUGGGAGGCCCGAUUUUAUGUGGACUGUUGAUUUUCGUUAA